GAUAUAUAGAUAUGUCUAUGGGCCUAAACUUUUUUUAAUGAAACAAAACAGAAAAGCCGAGGUUGUAAAACUGAACUAUAUGAAGCGUUGUAUUUCUAACACACAAAGACUUUUAUCAGCAUACUCAGUCGAGAUUGGGUGUCGGAGAAAUGUACAAACUUUUGACUAAACAGACAGACGAGUUUAAGCUUUGUAAAAAAAAAAAAAGCAGGAAAUGCAAUAAAGAUUUAAAUUAAUUAAUAAGAAAAUAAGUUACUGGGUCCACCCAGCUCUACUGGGUACCUGACAUUAGUUGGGGAAAAGUAAAGGCGGUUGGUCGUUGUGCUGGCUACAUGACAUCCUCGUUAACCGUCAGCCACAGAAACAGAUGACCUUUACAUCAUACUUACAUCAUCUGCCCUACAGAUCAAAAGGUCUGAAAGGGGAGCUUUUUACUUAAAGCAUACUCCAUGCUGGACAUUUUGUCUACCCAAUAGUACUUUAAAAAAAAACAAAAUUGUCUCCCUCUGAAGAGUCUAUGGCCGCAGUGCGUUGAUCAGCAAACACGCUCCUUCCGCUAUAACAUAUAGUCCGGAAAUUCAAAAUAUCAAACAAGCAAAAUUUGAAAUAUCAUUUAAAAACAAGAAAAACAAAAAACAAAAAAUAUAAAAAAAAAAAAAAUAAAGCUUAUAAGAAGUGUAGGCAGGUAAGUCAAUUAGUUUCGGAUCAGUCAUGUAAUUUAGUUUGUAGUACAUCUAGGCCAACAACAAUAAUUUCUGUGCGAUAAGAUAUAUUUACAAAGCUUAUAUCAACUCACUCUGUCUGGGGGAGCAUUGGACGAUACUGAAGUGUGAGUGACAAUAGAGAUACAAGUAGUGUGAAUGUCUAUCAGGCAACAACCCGUUAUCAGAGCAGUGACUCGACUUCUUCAGCACUAGAUCUAGAUCUAGAUUUCAAUCUACUUUUAACUUCGUCAGACACACGUUUUUAAAGCAAAGUUGAACUGCAGAGGAGGGGGGAAAAACGUAGCGGGAAAACCGAGGAUGGCUUUCUUUCUUGUCCCAGCACGCCCCAUCACUGUACGCAGCAUGGCUUUUAACAGACAGCGUGGGAGGUUGCGGUGAUUAACACAAGUCUGCUGUCCGUGACGAACUGUGAACUUAAAAGUACAAUACGCAGGACCAUGUUGGAGAUACACAGCAUGGUUCACAGAUUCGAAUGUUUGGUUCACGUUAUAAGUUGUGAAUUCUAAUUCAUUGUGAAGGAUUCUGUGCUGUUCUUAAUGGAUCUGUGCAAGUCACGUUAGUUUUAAGUAUGUAUUCAGUCUUAGUUGUUAUGCAUUUAUUACUGCAUAGCCUGGAGGCCAGCGGUUCGAUCCAUAUGUCUAUUCUUGAUCAGACUGAGAUCGAUCGUGCAAACACGUCAAGGCGAGCGGCGGCAUUAGUCGACAUCCACUCUGACUCGAAGAUGUCUAGGACAGGAAACACGCUUGCGUCGGAUGAGCCGGUGAGUGAGUCAAACAGAAACGAAAGCAUGUCAUCUUCAACUCAAAACUUUGUCCCAGAUUUGGAAGGCGUUACCGCCAAACGAUUGCCCAGCACGGCCCCUUGUGACUUAAAAAUUAACCCCCCGAGCAGCGCUAACAUUCUCAAGAAAUACUGCGACCUCAAACCUUACAACAAAACACCCUGCGUCCAAAUUGGAAAUUCUAAGUGUUACUGCUCCGGGGGUCUAGUUAAUUGUUCCGGAAAGAAGAACAUUCCAAACUUAGCAUAUAUUCCAAAACUGCCUGCAGGGAGCGUGUGUUUGUACUUUGCAAACAAUAACGCUAAGUUCCUGCAGGAAAGCUUCUUUGCUAAUGUUUCUAACAUUCGUGUGUUGGAUUUCUCAAACAACGCUCUGACUACAGUCUCUGCUCAAACGUUUUCAAAGUUGAAAAAUCUCGAGUAUCUCAUUCUCAAUUCAAACUCUCUGAACUCACGAAACUUGAUAAACAUCUUGAGAUUCGCCCCCUACUAUCGACUAGACCUCAUCGGCGUUCACCUGGACGGACUGAGCGUUUUCAAAACCUUCACCAACAUAACCACGAAACAAAUUGUGAUGGACUUUAAUUUCCUCCAGCAGCUGGAUCUGGGAGAGAUGUCUACACUGAAAAACAUCCAGCUUCUAAGUUGCAGGUGUUGUAACAUCAACGGCAUCACUUCUGCGUACAUCCCGACCUUGACCCAGCUGGACCUGCGAAACAACAACAUCACCGACUUCCCAAAGACUUGCCGCGCAAAUUCAACUAUCUCCAUGACCCGCGAGCCUCGAAUUGAGGAGAACGAGGGCUCCAGUCCGUCCUUUUUUCCUUCGCUGUCUCAGUUGUAUCUAGACAGCAAUCAAAUAGUGCAACUUCCCGAAAGUGUGGAUCUCUGUGUAUCUCAAAUGAAUGUCUUGUCCUUUGCGCAGAACAACAUCACUCGAAUCCCGAGCAAGAUUUUUGCCUCGCUGACGAGGCUUACACGAAUAGACAUGAAGAAAAUGGCGAACCCGAUUCAAAUAAUAGAAAGCGGCUCGUUCGGUGCCCCGAGCUUGUCAACUCUCUACCUGAAUAGAAACAACAUCAGCUUUGGGCAUGGCAACAUUAGCAGGAGUAUGUUUGAAGGCGCUCACAAGCUCAGAGAUCUUUACAUCGAUCACAAUAGAAUCGGAUCGACUCCUGUGGAAGUUCUUGAGGAGAUCUUCAAUUUCACAGCCAACGUAGAGCAUCUGUACAUGAGUGACAGUGGCCUGACCGCCAUCCCGGUGUCAGCCUUAAAUAAAUUGACCAAACUUCAAAGUUUGUUUAUAUACAACAAUAAAAUCCAGGCUAUCCCCGAUGCUGCUUUCGACAGAAUGAUCUCCCUUCGAAGACUGAACCUCCAGAACAAUCAAAUAUCGUUGGUCAGGGAAACUUCUUUUUCCCCGGAAACCAUCGCCCGGUUGAUCGAAAUUGACCUCAGCCACAAUAUGUUCCUCUGCAACUGUGACCUUCUGUGGUUCCAGUCGUGGCUCAAGUCCAACGGCUCCCGCGUUUUCGAUCACAACGAUUCGUACAUCUGCUCAGACAUCCACAACGUGCGAGUGCAGGACUACAAGGAGAGCCUUCAGGCGUGCUACUUCAGCCGCUCAACAUACAUCAUCUUUGUGGUCUGCCUCUCCAUUUUCCUAUUCGCGUUCCUCCUAUUCGCUGCUCUCUUCCGCUACCGAUGGCAAAUCAGGCUGAUGCUGUAUGAAAGAAAGGCGUCUCUCAGGGACAAUGUCAGGAUGCAGGGAGAAUUCAAGUUUGACAUCUUUAUUAUUUACUCUAACGAAGACAGUGACUGGGUGGAGAAAUGUCUUUUGAGUGUUGUUGAGACAAAAUGGAAACUUAAGGCCUGCAUCCACGGGCGAGACUUCCGGCCUGGUGCGUUCAUAGUGGACAACAUGGUGGACUGCAUGAACAGCAGCAAACGAAUCAUGGCGGUCAUCAGCUCGGAGUUUGCCAAAAGUUCAUGGUGCAAUUUCGAACUCAAGUUAUGCCAAUCGCAUGUCAUAACCCAUGAUCUGCCGUCGCUACUGGUGGUUCAAAUGGACGAGAUUGAGUCACGUGAUAUGCGUUCAGCCAUGUACGCACUGCAUAACUCCCACACGUUCCUCAUGCUUCCUGAUCCUUACGCAUGCGCAGAUGAAAAGUAUAUCAACCAACAAAUGGAGGAAUUCUGGAAACGUCUGCACGACAGUUUGAAAAACUUGAUGCCGGAAGAACAAAAAAACUUUCGCCAGAUCGCGACGCAGACUUCGGUUCAAGGGUCAAUUCAGGCAGGACCACCAAACCGGCGACCUCUAGCUCGCCAGAUGAGCGAACAGGUGCCUAAAACAAAUCAAGCUACCAACGCCAGGAAUUUCAGGCGUCUGCAAAGCGAAAUGCCGUCCACGGCUUAUGGCAGCAGCAAUUUGGAAUUUGUGAGAGAAGACCAGAGGGAAAGGGUUCCAAUCUUAGAAUCAGACGAACUGGACGAGCAGACGUCUGUUAUGCGGCUUUAAACUGUGUUAGUGUAUUGUUAAUAGAUACAAACAUCAGGGAUGGGGCUAGAAUGUAUGCCCUGGCAGGAUUUUUGUGGGGGGACCUCUCUUCACCGUAGUAUGUGAGAAGAAAGAAAUGAAGGACUUGGCAAUUGAUUAUAAAUUCUUUCACUUAUUUUCUAAUAUUUUGUUGGCAUGUUUUGUUUUUAAAUAUAUAUAUAUAUAU